CACAUUGAGGAAAGAAGUGCAUUGCCCGUUUAAAUCUCCAUCGCGACGACUACAGUGGUUUGACAAUCAGUAGCGGUUCAAAGAUCUCAUUUUAAACGGAGACAACGACGCGACCACGAGACGGAACAGAUCGCUCUCUCUCUUUCUUUCUCUCUCUCUUCCUCUCCUCUCUGCCGGCAGCUGACACAGUUUAACUAAAGCCUCAACAUGCCUGUGGCGUCGACUGGCACAGAGCCUGCGGUAUCCCCCCAGGUCCUGGAUACCCUGAGUGACAGCAACAGCUCCACCACCGCCAAUGACCUGGACCUCAUCUUCCUCAAGGGCAUCAUAGACAGCCCAGUGGAGCCGGAGAGUCUGGAGGAGACCAGGUUAGAGGCGGUGAGGGACAACAACGUAGAGCUGGUCGAGGAGAUCCUCAGAGAGCUGAGUCCCUUCACACACCAAAGCAACAGCGCAGCAGAGCUCACGCGCAUCCUCAACGAACCCCACUUUCAGUCUCUGCUGGAGACCCAUGACUCGGUGGCGUCCCAGGUGUGUGACACCCCUCCCCCCAGCCCCUGUGCCUACAUGGAGCUCCCUGUCAGCAACCAGCCCGUGCCCCCAGAUGCCGUCCGGAUGGUGGGCAUCCGCAAAGUGGCUGGUGAACACUUGGGCGUGACUUUCCGUGUGGAGGCAGGGGAGCUGGUGAUUGCCAGGAUCCUCCACGGAGGGAUGAUCGACCAACAGGGACUCCUCCACGCGGGUGACAUCAUCAAGGAGGUGAACGGGAAGGAGGUGGGUGAGGACCCGAGGGUUCUGCAGGAGAUGCUGCAGGAUGCCAGCGGCAGCGUGGUGCUCAAGAUCCUCCCUAGCUAUCAGGAGGGCCACGCGCCAGGACAGGUGUUUGUGAAGUGUCACUAUGACUACGACCCGGCCAAUGACAACCUGAUCCCGUGUAAAGAGGCAGGGCUUAAGUUCUACACCGGUGACAUCCUGCAGAUCGUCAAUCAGGAUGACCUCAACUGGUGGCAGGCUCGUCGUUGUGUGGAGGGAGGAAGUGCUGGGCUGAUCCCCAGUCAGCUGCUGGAGGAGAAGAGAAAAGCCUUUGUCAAGCGAGACGUGGAGCUGGCCCCCGCAGGAAAUCUUUGUACUGGAGUGGCGGGAAAGAACAAGAAGAAAAAGAUGAUGUAUCUAACUACUAAGAAUGCAGAGUUUGACAGGCACGAGUUGCUGAUCUAUGAGGAGGUUGCCAAGGUGCCUCCAUUCCGCAGGAAGACGUUGGUUCUGAUUGGUGCUCUGGGAGUGGGCCGACGCAGCCUGAAGAACAAACUGAUGCUGUCUGACCCACAACACUACGGCACCACCAUCCCCCACACCUCCAGAAAGCCAAAGUCAGGGGAGCGGGAGGACCAGAUGUAUGCCUUCACCUCGCGGAGCAAGAUGGAGGCAGACAUCAAGAAUGGCCGCUACCUGGAGCAUGGCGAGUACGACGGCAAUCUCUACGGCACCAAGAUGGACUCCAUCCAUGAGGUGGUGGAGGCCGGUCGCAUCUGUGUACUGGACGCCAAUCCUCAGGCCUUGAAGGUACUGCGGACGUCGGAGUUCCUGCCUUACGUGGUGUUCAUCAAGGCCCCUGAUUUUGAGGUCCUUAAGGCCAUGAACCAGUCGGCCAUCGAGACUGGAGUUGUCACCAAGCAGUUGACGGAUUCAGAGCUGAAGAGAACAGUGGAUGAGAGCACCCGCAUCCAGACGGCCUACGGACACUACUUUGACCUCACCAUCGUCAACGACAACCUGGACGAGAGCUACAGGAACCUGAAGGCAGCUCUGGAGAAGGUCUCUGCUACCCAGCAGUGGGUCCCAGUCACCUGGGUCUUCUAGUGGGAGACAGAAGGACAAGAGGGUGGAGUCGAACACUUGUUCUCUCAUUCAUCCCCACAAGACAUCUGAUGAUACUGUCUGGCUCAUCAUCACAGUGACCUCUGGACCUCUGACCUUUGGAUCCCAUACUGUACAUAAGACUGAACUGACAGCGUUCUUUUUGCUGUGUAUGUAUUGCUUUUGGAAAUCUGUCGACAAAACAUCAAGGAUUUUCUUGUUUGGGCAUUAUGGGAUUCUGGUGUGUGUGUGUGUGUGCAUGUGUGUGCGUGUGCGUGCAUUCGUGUGGUUGCAGAGUGUCUUUACCAUAAUCCUGGUCACUACAUUGACUCUUUAGUUCAGCAAUAGUUCAUCUAUGUUUACAUGAAUCAUUAAAUGGACGUUCAGAAUAUGAAAUAGAUAAUCUUACAUCAAAACAGUAAACAGCGGUAGAUGGCCUUCUACUGUUUAUGUCUUCACUACAGGUCUGACACACACACACACACACACACACACACACACACACACACACACACACACACACACACACACACACACACACACACACACACACACACACACACACACACCAAAUUCUAUUUUUAUUACCACAUUCUAUUUUUUGUAUGGUUGCGUUCAAGUUGGAACACUUUUUGACACCUACUGUUGGGUAUUUAUUUUUUCUAUCAUUUCAAAAAGGCAAGACACUAAGGUGUGAUAAUAGAACAUCAAAAUAAUUUGAAGAUAGCAUGUAGAUGCAUCGAGAGAUGUGUAUGAUAGAUGGACUGUAAGUACAACCUUUAUUUAUGUAACUACACAGAUACUUUUUAUAUAUGUUUUUGAUGUGCCAAAAGCCUUCUUUCUCUUUUAGUUCAUAAAAAUACUAUUCCCAGGUCUGCUCUACAGUACAGUACACACCAGUUUGACAUGGUAAAGGCUCCAGAAAUUUACUUGAUGGGUUCCUUGCUGUUUACUUGUCAAACUGGGCAGACCUUUUUAUUCCACUUUCGUAACAGAAGAUCUUGUGAUGCAGUGGUACAGGAUGUCUAUUGGGUCAGUUGAAAUCGAUGCACCCCAGGCUUUGGGAAAUUUGGUGAUAAUUAGUUUGGGGUCGUAUUCACUAGACACGAAACAGUAGAAAACAGACUGAGGAUGUACUCUGUACUGUACAGGAUAGCUUGUUUUCGUUUUCCGUUGCAAAACAUUUAGCUAGAAUGUGCCCCAAUGAACACGACCCUGGAAACUCCAGAGGAACGACACACAACAAUGACAAGUUUGUGUACUCCUGAUGAGUGUAAGGUCAUAGUUUCUGCCUUUUAGUAUGGUUUCUACAUUCCAUGAUGCUCACGUGUAUCCAUGGCAUUUUCAAGUACCUAGAAUAUGAGUUUGGAGAUUUCAAUUAGAUGAAUUCAUGACUGAACGAUUUCAAGAAGCUUGUGUAUUUGACUGUGUAUCAGUCACCUUUUCUAGACGUACUGUAAAUGACAGACUGUGAAUGUAGAUAUACAGUAGACUAGAGGCAAACGCUAACUACAGUGACAGUGUGUUGUUUAUAGGAAAAUGAACUGUACAUUUGAUGAUGUCCACAAUUAAACGUCUAAAAUCAAUGAGA